AUGGCCGCGUCCGAGGACGGGAGCGGCUGCCUCGUGUCGCGGGGCCGCUCGCAGAGUGACCCCAGCGUCCUCACCGACUCCUCGGCCACCUCCUCCGCGGACGCCGGGGAGAACCCAGAUGAGAUGGACCAAACCCCCCCAGUGCGCUCCGAAUAUCUGGUCUCAGGGAUUCGAACUCCCCCCGUGAGGAGAAACAGCAAACUGGCCACCCUGGGCAGAAUCUUCAAACCCUGGAAAUGGAGGAAAAAGAAAAAUGAAAAAUUGAAGCAGACGACGUCCGCCUUGGAGAAGAAGAUGGCCAGCAGGCAAGGUCGGGAGGACCUCAUCAAGAAGGGGCUCCUGGAGAUGAUGGAGCAGGACGCUGAGAGCAAAGCGUGCAGCCCCGACGGAGAUCCCCGAGUUGCACAGAGUGAACCCCCCACGCCCAAGCAGGAGCCGCUGACCUCGGAGGAAGCCCAGCUGGGGAGCCCUUUGGCCACUGGGACGGACCAGGCUUCCCUGGAUGAGACGCUGUCCUCGGACACCCCUUCAGACGAUGCAGCCAAGAUGUCGUCAGCAUCCAGAGGUGAAGAAGCAGGUGCUGCUGGCAGCCUCCCACCUACCACGGACGAGCCCUCUCAAGCCUUAGCUGGGUCCGACUCCCUGGACAGUCCUCCCAGACCCCUGGAGAGAUCCGUGGGCCAGCUCCCCAGCCCCCCGCUGCUGCCCACCCCACCGCCCAAGGCAGGCUCCAAAACCACGAGAAGUGUCACAGGCCAGACCACGCUCUUCCAAGGCUCUGGCGGGAAGAGUACUGACCCUCCUCUCCGAGGCCAGCUUUCCACGCCCACGGGGUCCCCACAUCUCACCACCGUCCACCGGCCGCUGCCCCCCAGCCGAGUCAUCGAGGAGCUGCACAGGGCGCUGGCCACCAAGCACCGCCAGGACAGUUUCCAAGGCAGGGACAGUAAGGGGUCCCCGAAGAAGCGCGUGGACGUCCGGCUGUCGAGGACGUGCAGUGUGGAGCGGGGCAAGGAGCGGGAGGAGGCUUGGAGCUUUGAUGGAGCCUCGGACGGCAAGUGGACCGUGGCUAAGGAGUCCGAGGAGAACAAGGAGAACUUGAUCAUGAACUCCGAACUCAAGGAUGACCUGCUUUUGUAUCAAGACGAAGAGGCCCUGAAUGACUCCAUCAUCUCUGGAACGCUGCCGAGGAAAUGCAAGAAGGAGCUGCUGGCAGUGAAACUGAGGAACCGGCCCAGCAAGCAGGAACUGGAAGACCGCAACAUCUUCCCCAGGAGGACGGCUGAAGAGAGGCAGGAGAUCCGGCAGCAGAUUGAGAUGAAACUCUCCAAACGGCUGAGCCAAAGACCCGCCGUGGAAGAACUGGAGAGAAGAAACAUCUUGAAACAAAGGAAUGACCAGACAGAGCAGGAGGAAAGAAGAGAAAUCAAGCAGAGAUUGACAAGAAAGCUUAAUCAGAGACCCACAGUUGAUGAACUGAGAGACAGAAAAAUUCUGAUACGAUUCAGUGACUAUGUGGAGGUGGCCAAAGCACAGGACUAUGACAGACGGGCAGACAAACCCUGGACAAGACUGUCGGCAGCAGAUAAGGCAGCAAUUCGUAAAGAACUGAAUGAAUACAAAAGUAAUGAAAUGGAGGUACAUGCAUCAAGCAAGCAUCUGACAAGGGCUUGGUGA